AUGUUGAAUAGAAAAGCAGCCAAAAUCUUAUCAAGUUUUGUCAAGCCAAACCAAGUAUUUGGUGCUGACCAAGUCAUUCCACCAGAAGUUUUGAAAAGAGCCAAAGGUCUUGCAGUAAUCACCGUUUUCAAAGCAGGAUUUUUAUUCUCCGGUAGAGCAGGAUCAGGUGUCAUCGUUGCCAGAUUAAAUGAUGGUACUUGGUCAGCCCCAUCUGCAAUCGCCAUGGCUGGUGCGGGGGCUGGGGGUAUGGUUGGUAUAGAAUUAACAGAUUUCGUUUUUAUUCUAAAUUCUCCAGAGGCAGUUAGAUCAUUUUCAGAAUUCGGUACCAUCACAUUCGGUGGUAACGUUUCCGUUUCUGCAGGUCCAAUGGGUAGAAAUGCAGAAGCUGCAGCUUCAGCUUCUACAGGUGGUGUAGCUGCAGUUUUUGCGUAUUCUAAGAGUAAAGGUUUAUAUGCAGGUGUCUCAGUGGAAGGUUCAGCCAUUGUGGAAAGAAGGGAAGCUAAUAGAAAAUUCUAUGGUGACAGCUGUACUAGUAAAAUGAUUCUGUCAGGUAGAGUAAGACCCCCACCAGCAGUUGAUCCAUUAUUCCGUAUUUUGGAAUCAAGAGCAUUUAAUUUCAGAACAGCUAAUGAUAGAGAUGACUAUUCCGAUGACGACUUUUACGAUGAUAUUCCAAGUUCUUUUGGUUCUUCUGAUUUGAGUUCGACGAGACCAAAUACAAGAUCUACCAGAAGAGACCGAAGUGGAUCACGCGGCUACAGAGACAAUGAUUUUGAUGACGAUGAUGACUACUAUAAUGAUCGUAGACGCUCAGGAAAUAGAAACUUUGAUGAUUUUGAUGAUCCAUCAGGUGCCAAGGAUUAUUACGCAAGUCAUAGAAGAUCAGACGUUCCACGUAGAGCAGGAAGUACAUCUAAAUCACGUUGGGAGGAUGACGUAUACGAUCGUGGAAACCGUAAUAGUUAUGGAGAUCGUGACCGUAAUCGUGAUGUUGACGAUUUAUCAAAUAGAUUUUCUAAAUCAAGGAUUUCUUCAGGUUCAGCCGGUAAUAAUACUCGUUAUGCAAGAACAAGAAACGACUCAGCAGUGCCAUCGUCUGCUCCGAAAGCAGUUGCCUUGUACUCUUUUGCUGGUGAAGAAACAGAUGAUUUACCUUUUAGAAAGGGUGAUGUUAUCACUAUUCUCAAGAAAUCCGAAUCUCAAAAUGACUGGUGGACUGGGAGAGUCAAUGGAAGAGAAGGCAUAUUUCCAGCAAAUUAUGUCGAAUUAGUCUAG